AUGGAUUCGGGUGUUUUUCUUACUGCACGUGACAGACAUGCGAACAAGCCUUCCAAGAUGCAAAAAUUCAACCAAGGUGAAGAUAUAAUAAGCAAGCUACCUGACGAUAUCAUUGUCCAUAUUCUUUCUUUUCUUUCUUAUAAAGAUGCAAUCCGCACUAGUGUUUUAUCACAGAGAUGGAUAUACAUGUGGACAUAUCUCACAACCCUAUAUUUGAAAGAUAAAGCUACUAUUCGGGCUUCUUAUCAGAUCAAAACUAGUUUUAUCAACUUUGUAUGCAGGCUGCUGCAUCGCCUCAAUGCUUCAAGCAUCAGUAAAUUUUAUCUUUCUCUUUCAGAGAAAUAUGACCCCUACAUUUUCAGUGAGUUGACAUCUCUUGUUUCAAAUCAAAAAGUUAAAGAGAUUUGUCUCAUUUCCCUUCAAGAAUGCAACAUUUCAUGCUACCCCAUUUUCAAAUGCCAGUCCUUGGAGAAAUUGGUGCUAUGUCUAGGUCUUUCUAUUAUCCAAUUUCCAUCUUUUGUUUGCCUUUCAUCCCUCACUGUCCUGCGAUUGACAUCAAUCAGAGAUCCAAUGAAAAUUACUUGUUACUCCUCUAAUCAGUCCAAAGAGUUAACACUUAAAUUCCCAGUUCUUAAAGAUUAUUACUCAUGUGAUUGCAUUUGGUUAGGUGUAAAACGUGUUACUAUAGAAGCGCCUCUACUUGAAGAGGUUAAAAUAGUUCGUCAAUGGUUUAUGACGUCCAAUGUGUCACAGGCGGAAAUUGAGAUUCGGGCUUCUUCUAUUACGGAAUAUAGUUAUAGUAGCUAUAUAUCAUCAGAGACCACUUUGCUAAACGCUGCACACAUUGCCGAUGCUUCCAUUUCUCUAAGUGAUUCAAAUGUAGAGAAGACUGGCGAACAAAUGCAGAUUUUUGUUCGUAAACUUUUCAAUAUCAAUAAUUUGAAAUGUUUACGAGUCUUUCUGGAUCUUGCACCAAUGAAACAUUAUUUGGCUGGUAUUCAUACAUUUGAAGUACUGACUUAUCUGCAUCUAUAUCACCCUGUCACCAUUAAAAAUUUGUUAGUCUUACUUUUAAAAUCACCAUGUCUGGAGACUCUAGUUUUACAGCGGGUAAUAGAUUCAAAAACAGAACCUCCAAAUUUCGCGAUGGUACCGGAAUGUUUUCUAUCUACUCUUAAAGUGGUAAGACUUGAAAAAUUUGCAGGUGCGGAGCAGGAGUUUAGUUUUGCUAAUUUUGUUAUGGAGAAAAGCCAAUUUUUGGAGAGUAUUAGUUUUUCAUGUUAUAAGCUGAGUGGGGAAGAAAUUGAAAAAGUUAAGGAGAGAAUAUUCUUAGUUAAGAGAAGUUUUAACAUAGAAUUUUCAGCUCAUUCAGUCACAUGA